AUGCCAACAUAUGUCAAAUUUUUUAAGGACAUUUUGAAAAAGAAGAGAAGAGUCAGUGAGAAGGAAAUAAUAGCAGUAACGCAGGAGUGUAACGCGUUAGUAAGCAACAGUUUACCAAAGAAGCAGAAGAACCCUUGGAGUUUCACAGUUCCUUGUUCGAUAGGAGGAUUGGAUGUGGGUCAUUCGUUGUGCGAUCUAGGAGCCAGCAUUAAUCUCAUGCCACUUUCAAUUUUUAAGAAAUUGGGGAUUGGCGAAGCACAACCUACUUUUGUUACUCUUCAGCUUGCUGACAGAACAAUUAAGUACCCAGAAGGAAAGAUUGAAGACGUUCUGGUAAAGGUUGACAACUUCAUAUUCCCAGCAGACUUUAUUAUCUUGGACUAUGAAGCAGAUAAGGAGGUACCAAUUAUCCUUGGAUGCCCCUUCUUAGCUACUGGGAAAGUUUUAAUUGACGUGCAUAAAGGCGAAUUAACUAUGCACGUGGACAAUGAAGAGGUGAAGUUUAAUGUGCUCAAUGCAUUAAAGUUCCUAGAUAGCUGUCUCUUAUACACAUCUAGAUGUGUAUAA